GUCGCGACGCCGCCAUGAACACAUCGUACGCGCCACACCUCUUCCUACCGGGCGAGCCGCCGGCGGGGGUGCUCAAGGGCGCCGCCGCCAUGUUCUACGUCGUCGACCCCGCCGACACGACGUUUCAGGACGCCGACGACGUCCCCAAUUUCUUCAGACAGGCGUGGCCCUACUUCGUGGCGUUCAUGCUGCUGGAGAACCUGCUGCUGUGGCUGGAGGGGCGGCCGGCGGCGCGGCUCAACGACAGCCUCACCUCCAUCUCGCACGGCCUCUUCCAGGAGUGUGGCAGGCUGGUGUUCCGCGGGGCCGAGCACUGGGCCUACGUGAGCAUCUACGAGCGCUGGCGCCUGCUGGACCUGCCGUGGGACUCCCCGGCCACGUGGUACCUGGCGCUCGUCGGCGUCGACUUCUGCUACUACUGGGUGCACCGCGCCUGCCACGAGGUGCAUAUCCUGUGGGCGCAGCACCAGGUGCACCACAGCUCCGAGGAGUACAACCUGGCCGUGGGGCUGCGGCAGUCACUGCUGCAGGGCUGGUGCGGAUUCGUGUUCUACCUGCCGCUGGCGCUGGCCAUCCCGCCGUCGCACUUCCUGGUGCACCAGCAGUUCAACCUGCUGUACCAGUUCUGGAUCCACACGCAGGCAGUCACCACGCUGGGCCCCCUCGAGUGGGUGCUCAACACGCCGAAGCACCACCGCGUCCACCACGGUUGCAACUUGUACUGCUUGGACAAGAACUACGGCGGUUUCCUGAUCGUGUGGGACCGGCUGUUCGGCACUUUCGCUGAGGAGCGGAAGGGCGAGGAGAUCGUCUACGGCCUCGUCUUCAACCAGCCCUCCUUCAACCCCCUCUACCUGCAGGUGUUCUACAACCAGCACGUGGUGGACAAGUGGCGUGCCAUGGACAACUGGUGGGACAAGUUGGCAGCCGUGUGGAAGGGGCCCAGCUGGCAGCCAGGAAAGCCCCGCCUGGGGCUGGACGAGGACAAGCUGGAUAUCCGCAGCCGGGAGAAGUAUGACGUGCGUCUUCCACUGUGGUGCAAUGCCUACCUGCUGUUGCACUUCUGCGUCGUCGUCUACGGCUUCCAGGAGCUGGCUGCUAAGCACAUGGGUAUGAGCCCCGCAGUGGUGUUGUUGUUUGUGGCAUACGUGCUCGCGUCACUCACCGCUAUCGGGCUGCUGUUUGACAACAGCCCACAUGCGAGCCUGCUGGAGCUGGUGCGCUGCCUCGCCUUCUUGGCCUAUGUCCAGGGCUCGGGCCUGCACGUGACUGGCGGACCUCGUGUCUCAGUCCUACAGUCCUUCUUUCUGCUCUCGUCCUGCUUCUGGCUGCUCAAGGGCUUGCGCGUGCUGCACAUCGAGAGCAAGGCGCAGUGAGCUAGCGAGCAGUUGGCUAGCUCUAGCACAUGCAGUGCCUGCUCGUCCGGUGUCAAGAGUGCUCCGGCACCUACCUUAGUGUAGUGUAGUAUAGUAUCGUAUCGAUGCCUGCCGUGCUGCUGAUGAGGGGUACAGCUCCCGACCAACAGUGGUAUGGCAACUGCCCUCCACCUGUGAUACUUUACAUCACAACAUGGCACCCCACAGGUCUUGUGGCAAGUAAUGAAGAAAGGUUUAAAACUGUGUGCUGGACAGGGACUUCAACUUGGGCCAUUUUGCAGGCAGCUGAGCUACCUGGGCACAAGCCACUUCUGCAACUUGUAUUCUUCCAGCACUUCUCUCUUACCUUAAAAUUGCUAAAACACGAGUCCAUAAUGGUUUUAUGUGGCACAGAGACAGUGAUUCAUUUUAUGAACAAAAGUCCAGCACCUGCCUGUAUUUCAGUGUUCCAGGUUUUAAUAAGUGUUUCACAGUGAAAUCCCCUUCAUCAGUGUUUCCAAAAUUCACUUGAGGUUUUUCAUUGUAACCUGGUGGAUUUUAUUUUAUUUGAAUAAAAUAUAUAUUACAACACCUGUACAUAACAACAACAUAGGAGGAGAAGUCAAAUGAAAAAUAUAAAUAUUUUUAAAAUACGGAAUCCGUUUAUUGCGUUCGUGCCUAAGUAUCAGUGCAUCUCACUGCUAAGCGAGGAGUGGGUCUAAUUUCUGAUAAAGACACGAAUUAUUUCCUUAGUGAGAGGACCAGAGAGGGGUACACUCACUGUGGGGGCAACUGAGGGAGAAGUAGCAACUUCAAGGUCUCUACUCCACUUGGUUCAAAUGGCUCUAAGCACUACGGGACUUAACAUCUGAGGUCAUCGGUCCCCUAGAACUUAGUAGUAUUUAAACCUAACUAACCUAAGGACAUCACACACAUCCAUGCCCGAGGCAGGAUUCGAACCUGCGACAGUAGCAGUCGGGCGGUUCCGGACUGAAGCGCCUAGAACCCCUCGGCCACCGCAGCCGGCUAUACUCCACUUGUCUGUGUUAAAUGGGUGCCGUGAGCUGAGACAAGAAGUCAGAAACAUGCUCACACCUCUUACCUCCCUGCCACACAAGCUGAUGCUGUAUGGGUACAGUACAUACACAGCUCACCUAGACUGUGACUGCUACUGUUUCCCUGUAAUUGUACUAGAUUUCACAGACUUUACCUAGCCAAUGAGCAAAAACUGAUCCAAGCAGCUCCACAAUUUGCCAUAACUGUCUGUCUGUAUUGCCCCUAGAGCACACAGUGAGUUGCCCAGAACUGGCAGGCAAUAUACUUGGAGACUGAAGAAUAUUUUGGCUGCAAUUUCCACAGUGUCUGUUCCAAUAGAACUGCAAUCCUUGCUAUGUAAACAUUACAGCAUAUAAUGUAAUAUGUAAUAAUUUGAGCUUAUUUCUAAUCAGGGUAACUUUUUUAAAGAAAGGUUUUUGUAAAUAUAUUAUAAUAAAGUGCUGCAAUACCUGGACAGUAUUCUUAUGGGACAGAGCUUCUUAAAAGAUAUGUGGCUAUAUCACAUUAAUGUUAUUUGUGUGGGUCUUUCUACACUGAGCUACUAAUCAAUAUCUUCUGACCAUUAGAGGUGAAUGUUCAUUUUGUUACUUAAAAUAGUUACGGUGCUGUCCAGAAGAAUUUCAGUACUGUCUGAAUGUACAUGAUCUUUGCUCUUUCUAUUCUCAACAUGUUUACAACGGUGUAAGAGUAAAAGUGCCAUGCCGCUCAUGCUUGCGAAGUAAACUGUAGGUCUGUAAACAUUGCAAGACCUGAUACAUGUACUUACUACUGGAACAUAUAACUACAUAAUAGCAACUUAUACUGAUUAAAACAAAAUAGUAAUAUCUUCUGCUCAAUAUAACUCUUAACAUCCAAACUUUGACUGACUAGUGUAUUUUAGACUGUGUGCCACAGCAGUAUGCAAGCAUGGGCUGCCUUAGUGUUAAUUUUCACACAAUUUAGCUACAGUAAGAAUCAGUAUUUGCAUUUCCAUUCUGUGGGCUAUUCCCAGGCCCUUGACUGAAGAAACAUUUUUUCACGCAUCCCAUAUACAUGGUCAUUGUAAAGAUGUACAACAGUUAACAAUGAAAGACAUUAUGCUCACAUUUCAGUUACACAGUAUUCUUGAAAUGUCAUAGCUCAGUAUCAUAUAAUUUAUUUAAUCACCACUUUUGUGUUCUUCAAUUGUAUAUAACUUUUGAUGUAUGAUAUAUUGUCUCUUUAUACCGUAUGUUUGGAAUAAAAUUCUUGCUUUAUAACAAAA